UCACCAUCGUUAGUGCUUUGUCAGCACCGUUAAUAUGGUUUCCGUUAAGUUGUAACGAAAGUGAUGGACGGUGAGUUUUUAAAUUGAUUUUAGUGGUUUAGUUGAAUUAAAAACGAGUCUAGUGGUAAACAUAAAUUAAUUAAGCAAGUAUAGUGACCAAUGGUGAUUUUCACCCCCGUUCUCCUUCUCGCUACUCUCUUGCUUCUACUCGUUGGAUUCCUUCUCGUCUUUCUUGGCAAUGGCUGUGCUAUUGUUGCUGCCGCCUUUCUUCUUCUCGUGCUGGUGCUUCACCUCUCUGUCGCCGCCAUUGUUCGGAUUCGGCUUCUGGUCAUUGUUCCCGCCGCAGCCACCAUUGUUAAUGUUUUUCUUCAGAGAAACUCAAGGAGUGAGAAGAAAGGAGAAGGCGAAGGUGAAUGGGUAUUUAAAUACCAGGAGAGCGAGAAGAAAGAAGAAGACGAAGGUGAAUGACUGAAUGUUCAUUAUUUUUAAAAAUUGACAUGUCAUUAAAUUAACGAUACAUCUAUUUGCCACGUAACAAAAAAACUAAUGGAGUUAAUAGAGCUUGAAGGAGACUAACGACCGGUGAUCAAUGGUGAAUGAAUCGUAAAGUUAGUGGCAAAUAAGAAAGAAAAGUAAUUUGGGUGGCAAACGUGAAAGAUUUAUGUAAUUUGAGUGACCAAAUGUGUAAUUUAGUCACUUUAAAACAUUAAAAAAAUUCCAAACUUAAAAAUUUAUUGGUCUAUUUUGACAAGAUAUUUUGUCACUGACAAAAAAAAUAAUUCUCCAAUAUGAGGAUUGGAAUUAUUAUUAUUAUUAUUUUUUUUUGCCAAAAGUUCAUUUGUAUUAUCAAGAGAAAGAGAUACCAAUGUUUACACCACCUAAAAGCCAAACCAGAAAAUCAAACCCACAAACUCGUAUUGGAAACAAAGAAAGAGUCCUUUUGGUUACCAAAUGAGUUGCCGGAUUGGUCUCUCUGCCUCGAAAUCCAACCGAAAACACUGAAUAAUUGCAUGAGUUGGGAUAUCUCUUCUAAGAUAGCUCAACCUUGUUCAUCACAAGUUUUGUGAUCCCUGAUUUUGGAAAUAACAACUUGAGCAUCAUCCAGGAAUGAGACUUCUGUAAGACAUUUCAAAGAGCACCAUCGAAAUGUGUGCCGGAAAGCCAUUAACCCACUCACAUAUGGAUCCGUCAAACCUGCAUAUAUAAAGCCUUGCACAAAUAACACACUCCCCUCUUGAUCCCAUACCACAAUCCCACCAUAGGCAUGGGACCCCAUCCUUACCGCACCAUCAACAUAACAAAUAUAAGGCGUUGUGAGACUCCUCUCCAACAUCUUGUGUGCUAUAAUAAGAUUACCCACAACCCUGAGUCCAGGAAACUCCACCCAUUCCCUCACCUUAUUAUAAUAUUGGCGUAGCAAUGCAUCUGUAGAAUAUUGGAAAUGAUAAAAAAACUACCCAGUUUCUAGAUUUCUAGAUCCUCCAUAACAAUGCCACUAUCUGCAUUAUCCUGUCUAGUUCUACGAUCCGCUAGAGCAUACGGCGAGAGACCAACGCCAUAUCAUCCCUUCCAAACCUUAUCAUUCUCCCAUCAAACCACUCCGUAUCCAUAGUUUUUCAGCCACCCUGCAGGUCAAGAAUAGAUGCUCUAUAGACUCUAGCGGACCCCAACACACCGGGCAUCUAAAUGGUCCUACUCCACCCUUCUCGCUCAAUGCUUCCAUAGUAGGCAAAAUAUGACGCAUCAAUUGCCACACAAAACUUUUGUUUAGGCGGAAUUGGGAAACUCCACAUCUUCUUCCAAUAACUCAUAUCCCAAAAGGACACUCCGUCCUUUCAUCCUGACAAUCCUCGCUUAAUCUGGACUGCAGUAUGAUAUCCUGACUUAACAUAAUAGCAACCAUCAACCUCCUUUACCCAAAUCAGCUUAUCCCGAACUGAAUGUCUCGAUAAAGGAAUACUCAUUAUCUGCAACUUCACCUCCUUCAGAAAACACUGAUCCAAACAGUCCUCACACCAAGACCCCUCCCCCGGAAUAAUUAAAUCACUCACCAUCGACAGCUCAUCCAGUGGCGCUAAAGCCAAAAUCGACAACUCUUUACCAGAAAAACCAGAACCCAUGAGUCACCCAAAACCCAAAUGGCAUCACCCGACCCUACUUGGUAGUAUAACUCUUUUCUCAAUAGGUCCCGCCCACAUAAGAUACUAUGCCAUCCCCACGAAGGACAAGAACCCUCUCUAUCACCCAGAAUAACCCCUACGACAAAGAGUUUUCCUUUUAAGACUCGAGCCAAUAAGCACUCUGGUUCGUGCAGGAUCUGCCAUGCCACCUUAGCCAACAAUGCCUUAAUAUCCUAAAAUUGUCGAAAUCCUAAUCCUCCAUCAAAUUUACUCCGACAUAAAUUUCUCCAGGACAC